AACAAUUGCGUCUACAUAGCUGUUUUCUGCUGUUUUCCUAACCUCGGAAGAACGCAUGAACAGUGCGUGUGUAAAAAAAAUUGGACUGUCAAAAUUUACUAUUGAAAAAGGAAAUGAGCGAUGCUGAACUUCAGGAAGAAGAAAGAGAAGUACUUCUUUCGAUAUACGAGGGCGAUGCAGCUUUUAAACAGUUGACACCCACGACUUUUCAGUACAAGUAUGGAGAAGAUAAUGAUAUGAAAUCAUUUCUAUUGGAGAUCUCAUGGGGUCCGACAUAUCCAUCAGAGAAACCUACCAUUAAUAUGAAUACUUUUUACAACAAGCACAUUGUACAAGAUGUGAAAGACAGUGUGGUAAAAUAUGUGGAGGCAGAGGCUGAUCAAUGGCUUGGUAGUGCCAUGACAUACACAUUAAUUCAGUAUGUUCAAGAGCAUUAUCUUGAAUUGAUUUCCGCACAACCAGAUUCUGUUGGUGACCUAAAUUCACAAGCCAGCCAGCUUAAAAUAGCAGAUGAAAAACGACAAACUGAAGAGCCAACAAAGAAACCGAAGAAGGAACAACUGAGUAAAGCCCAGAAGCGUCGACAAUGGAACAGAGCAGAUGGAAAAGGAGAAAGGCCACGAGGAUGGGACUGGGUGGACAUAGUAAAACAUUUAUCACAGACUGGUCCUAAGCAAGAGCAAGAAUCUUAGUUCAUGUUCAACUGAGAAAUUUUGUACAGGUUAAAGGCGUGUUAUAUUUUUAUAAAUUAUUGGAAAUAAACUGGUUUCCAUAUCA